GCAGACACAGCGUCACUUCUCAGUUUGCAGCCCAGCUCACAGAUCUACAGAUCAACACCUCUCUCCUCCACCUCAGCCUGGACCCACAUUGCUUCAACCAAAACACGGCCAACUUCUCUAACCCAGCCAUGCCUCGCAACUUCAGGAAUCCAGCCAUGGCAAACACCUCUGAUUCUUACUUCACCAACAACAAUGAGCUGAGGAUCGUGAUGGUGGGGAAGACUGGAGUCGGGAAGAGCGCCUCAGGAAACACGAUUCUUGGCCGCAAGUGCUUUGAGUCCAGGUUCAGUGCCAGGUCCAUGACGGUGGACUGCUCCAAAGGUGAAGCCACAGUGUCUGGUCAGCAGGUGGCUGUCAUCGACACUCCAGGCCUAUUUGACACCAGGUUUGGCAUGGAGAAGACCACCAAGGCCAUUAGCCAGUGCUUCUCUUUUGCUUCUCCUGGACCACACAUCUUCCUGGUGGUCAUCAGGCUGGGCAGAUUCACAGAGGAGGAGCAGCAGACGGUGCAAAGGAUCCAAGAAAUCUUUGGCCAGGCUGCAGACAAGUACUGUAUGGUUCUCUUUACAGGAGGGGACCUGAUCGAAGGAACCAUCGAGGAGUUCCUGGCUGAAAGCCCUGAGCUGCAGGAACUGGUGUCCAGAUGUAACAACCAGUACCACGUCUUCAACAACAGGAACAAAGAUCCCUCUCAGGUCCAGGAGCUGCUGCAGAAGAUCAGAAACGUGGUGCAGAAGAACGGAGGAAGCCACUACACCAACCAGAUGUUCCAGGAGGCUGAGAGGGCCAUCGAGGAGAAGAAGAAACGCAUCCUGGAGGAGAAAGAGGAGAAAAUACGAAAAGAAAGAGAAGAGACAGAGAGGAAGCUGCAGGAGAAAUAUGAUAAAGAGAUGCAGAGAAUCAACCGAGAACUACAGGCUGAGAGAGAGAAGGAGAGGAAGGAGAGAGAGGAGGAGAGGAAGAGAGAGAGGGAGGAGACGGAGAGGGACAGGGAGGAGAUGAAGAAAGAGAGGAAGAAGAGGAAGGAGAGAGAGAAGGAGAGGAAGAGAGAGAGGGAGGAGACGGAGAGGGAGAGGGAGGAGAUGAAGAAAGACAGGAAGAAGAGGAAGGAGAGAGAGGAGGAGAGGUCUAACUCUGGGUCCAGCUGUGUGUCCAUGAAGAGUGACCGGUCUAUGGCUCAUCCCACUACCUUUAAAUCAGGACCAGGACCUGAUGACGAGGGCGUCAGCCAGCAGAGCUCCCAGGUUCUCCCUGGAGGUUCCGCCCAUCAGCAUCAAACACAUCUGGACUCCAUAUUUAAGCCCAACCUCUACUUCACCGUCGCUGUUGGGGGUCAGGUCAACGUCACGGGCACCACGGACAUCAACGUCGUCUACUUGGUACAAGCGGCCAAUACGUCGGGCUCGGGGGCGCUGCUGCGGCACACAGGUAUGUGUGGAGGGCUGGCCAGUCUCAACUCCUGA